AUGUCUGGCAUUGACAAGUCUGCAGCAGAGGCUGAGGUAGUGAGGAACAAGCAACUGCUGUUGAAAGACCAUGUGAUUGGGUUUCCAAAGGAGUCCGAUUUCAUUAUCAGCACAGAAAAUGCCAUAAGCUUGAACGUCCCAGAAAACUCGAAAGGGGUUUUGCUUAAGAAUCUCUACUUGUCAUGUGACCCUUACUUCAGAGCUCUCAUGAUAAAGCCAGAUCAUUCUAUUAAAACCCCCUUUCCUGCUUUCACUCCUGGAUUGCCCCUAUACGGUUACGGGGUAGCUAAAGUUUUGGAUUCAGAGCAUCAGAACUUCAAGAAAGGUGACCUUGUUUGGGGAACGACUGGAUGGGAGGAGUACACUCUCACAACACAAACUAAUUCUCUGUUCAAGGUCGAAAACACAAACGUACAUCUUUCCUACUACGUGGGAAUUCUUGGUCUGGCUGGUAUUACUGCCUAUGGGGGAUUUUUUGACGUUUGUCACCCCAAGAAAAGAGAAAAAGUAUUUGUAUCAGCAGCAGCUGGUGCAGUUGGUCAGCUUGUAGGGCAAUUUGCAAAAUUGACAGGUUGCUAUGUUGUUGGAAGUGCUGGAAGCAAAGAAAAGGUUGAUCAUUUGAAGAACAAGUUCAGAUUCGAUGAUGCUUUCAAUUAUAAGGAAGAGGAUGACCUCGAUGCUGCUCUGAAAAGGUAUUUCCCCGAGGGAAUUGACAUAUACUUUGAAAAUUUUGGGGGGAAGAUGCUGGAUGCAGUGCUCCAGAAUAUGAACAUGAACGGUCGAAUUUCUGUUUGUGGAAUGAUCUCACAAUACAAUCUUGAAAAGACUGAAGGAGUACACAAUUUGAUGUGGCUCUUUUACAAGCGAAUUACCAUGCGAGGUUUUUCCGCUUUCGAAUUCUAUCACCUCUUCCCAAAGUUUGCUGAAUUCGUGUUGCCUCACAUCCAAGAAAACAGGCUAAUCUAUGUUGAAGAUAUUGCUGAAGGCAUGGAGAGUGGCCCUUCUGCCCUUGUAGGUCUCUUUAGUGGUCGCAAUGUUGGGAAACAACUUGUCUUUGUUGCUCGCGAGUGAUCCAUAUCCAGUUUCGGCAAUUUCUUCAGCUCAUUGUUGUGG